AUGCGUGAUCUCAGAGGCUUGGCUCCCAUCUUAGAAGACCUGUGUGCAAAAUAUGGAGAUAUCAUUCCUGAAUCCACUUUCCAACGUUCAGGGUUGAGGACUAUUUACGUCAACACGUUAUGCGAAAUGAUAAUGGGCAUGUGCACCACCAGGGUUUCUGACAUUUCAGAAGAGGAACUUUCCUUUUGGUGGAGACACUUGAAGACUCUUCAAUUUAUAGUGAAAAAAAAUAAUGAGGAUAUAGAUAGAGAGAUCAAAGAUGUUUCUCAAGAUAUAAAGGAAUUGGAAGCGAAGGUAGUGGCUCAAAAAGAAAAGUUGGUGGCACUCGAGGAGAUACGCAAGGGGAAAAAAAUUGAAGUGGCAGAGUUUUCUUGUCUUCAUGAAGUGGAAAUGUUUUCUUGCAUUGAUUCUGGGAUAUCCCAUAAAUUCUUCAUUCCCGUAUACUUAAAACAGAUGUGCAUUGCUUCUAGGGAAGUAGGAAAUUAUUACAUGGCAUAUAAACAUUUUAUAGAGAAGCUUGAUUCUAGCACCUAUUAUUCUUCUUUAACACUAUGGGAAGGGAAUGAAGAUGCUGUUAAUGAAUUGAAGAGGUUCUUUUCUUUCAGUGAAGAUGAGAAUAUAGAAUUAAAGGCAUUUUAG